GAGACAGUAAUUUGCCAGCACUCUACAUCAGCAGCAGCUUUCACACAUCUCUGCACACUGACUGCAGCACCCCACCAAGCACAAUGGGAGAUAGUGAAACCAACCCACCUCCCUACUUAGGUGACGUGCCUCAGAGGCCGGUGUCAGUUUACCACGUCCACACCCCAUUCACCCCUCCCGAAAGCACAGCGGGGAGCGCGAAUGCCACGCCAGUGUACACCAGCGGAGGAGGCAACCUCAGAGAUGGAGAUGGCAAAAAGAGAUUUGUGAGCUACGAUGGGGCGCUGGGGGAUUCUCCCGGCAUGACAACCUGCACCUCCUGCCAGCAGCAGGUCAUGACCAAUGUCACCUACAAAGCAGGGACCUAUGCCUGGCUGAUGUGCCUACUCUUCAUCUGCUGCGGGUUAGUCCUGUGCUGCUGCCUGAUUCCCUUCUUCAUGAAUAAGUUCAAGGAUGCGUACCACACGUGCCCCCGCUGCAACAAAGUGCUGCACGUUGAAAAGAGAAAAUGCUGUAAAUGACCAACAUGAGGGCAGAAAUGGAGCCAUAGAAAUAAGAAAUAACAUCCUGUUACCUUUGUCUUAUCAGCUGCACCAUUUUUAUGAAACUGACAGAGAAAGGUCACAAUUUAAGUGUAAAUUAUUUCUAUGGAUGAGCCACUGCGUUGGCCAAAGUAAAUCAAACAUCAUAUAAUUAGGAAACAGACUGGGAGUCGUUGUGUUGUCAGAGCUUAUAUAUUAUGUGCUCACUUUUUUUUAUUAUUAUUAUUAUUAUUAUAUCAAGCACACCCCAUGCACUUUUUGGGAGCCGUUUUAUUUUUGUCUCAUUCCAACAGAAAACAAUCUUUCCUUAUUUUCCUUUUCAGAAACUUGUUAAAAAUGAAGGACUGUAAAUAAAGUUGAUCAAAUACUUUA